CCAUUUAAACUACCCCACAUUUCCCUCCACAAUCAACCCAUCACAUCCUCCCUUCUUGCUGAGCUGAGCACGCCCCUUCUCUCUCAACUUUGGGCUCGAGGCAAUGGCGGCGCUCGCUCCGACGAAGAUGCUCGGCACCCGGCUCAACUUCGCCGGCUCCUCCAGGUACGCCACAGCGGCACCAACUGCUGGCGCACAGAAGAUCGUCUCCCUCUUUGAUCGCUUCAAGAAGAAGCCUGCCCCGAAGCCGAAGCCCGCCCCCGUGGCCACCUCGAGCGUAGGCAUCGACGACGAGCUCGCCAAGUGGUACGGCCCUGACAGGAGGAUCUACUUGCCCAACGGACUCCUUGACCGGUCGGAGGUGCCGGAGUACCUCAACGGAGAGGUUCCCGGAGACUACGGCUAUGAUCCUUUUGGUCUGGGCAAGAAGCCAGAGGACUUCGCCAAGUACCAGGCCUUUGAGCUCAUCCAUGCCAGGUGGGCCAUGCUCGGCGCCGCCGGAUUCAUCAUCCCCGAGGCGCUCAACAAGUUCGGCGCAAACUGCGGUCCCGAGGCCGUUUGGUUCAAGACUGGCGCCCUUCUCCUUGACGGCAACACCCUCAACUACUUCGGCAACAGCAUCCCCAUCAACCUGAUCCUCGCCGUCGUCGCCGAGGUCGUCCUCGUCGGAGGCGCCGAGUACUACAGGAUCACCAACGGACUGGAAUUUGAUGACAAGCUCCACCCCGGUGGCCCAUUCGACCCGCUCGGCCUCGCCACCGACCCCGACCAGGCGGCGCUGCUCAAGGUGAAGGAGAUCAAGAACGGACGGCUGGCCAUGUUCUCCAUGCUGGGCUUCUUCAUCCAGGCCUACGUCACCGGCGAGGGCCCCUUUGAGAACCUGUGCGCGCACCUCAGCGACCCCUUCGGCAACAACCUGCUCACCGUCAUCUCCGGCGCCGCCGAGAGGGUGCCCAGCCUGUGAGCUGGCCGUUGAUUGCCCGUCCGCCGCCGUCGGCUGUUGAUGGAUCAGCUGCGUGCGAUGCGCGCGAUGCAGCAUCAUGUGCUGUGUGAAUUUUACCGGGGAAAAGUAUGAGAGUACGAAUGUGCCGUACGUGUAAAUUAUCAAGGGCAGAAGAAACAUGAUCGUUCUGAUUUCUGA